AUGGACCUGACAGCCGACGGCGGCCCCGACGGCGGCGUCACGUCCUCAGCCGCAUGGGCCUCAUGCUCGCUGCUGCUGCUUGGGCUACUCCGCUCGCUGCUAUUGCACACGACGCGAGACUUCUCGGUGUUGGCUCAGCUGUUGCUGCUGCAAUGGGCGCUGCACGUGGCCACUACCCGCAACUCAAGACGCGUACGCCACUUCUUAUUCGACCCCCAACGCGCAACUUUAGACGCCGCACGCCGAGUCGCCAGUCUCUACGUGACAUUGCAGGCACUACGCCACUUUGGACUGCUCUUUGCCUUCCUAUUGCAACAUUUGGACGUGUUAUUGCUGCAACUCAAGCGAUGGCACGGCACUGGAGACAGGAACAGCGCGCUAUUACUACUCUUGGGCCACGUUCUGGUGGCAGGCGUCAAUGCGGAUGAAUAUGGGGCACUACUGUAUACUGUACUGCUGCUGGGGGCGGCGUUGGGGCUGCAACUAGCUGCUCAAUCGUCCACACUUCGAGGUAUUGCGACAGACAGUGACGCAUCGUCGCUAUCCAUUGCUGUGGCCACAGUAAUCGCUGCCAUAUUGGCCUUCCUGACGCCCAAGAGUGUAGUUCACGCUCAGCAGAUUGCCAACGAUCGAGCGAGUGCUGACGGAGGCGUGAUGAACGUGUCCACGUGGAUAUUUUCCCUGGUUGCUGCAGCUUUGAUUCGGUUUGCAGCUGGUCACUUUGAGAGAAAGGUUAACUCAUUAUCAUCGGCCAGUCAAGUGAAGGCGCAGCUGGUGUGUUCGUCAACGGGGAUGAUGUUGGCAAUUAUCGUUGCAAUCUCGGAGUUUGGCUGGUUCCGUGGCUUUUUAAGUGCCGCGACUUGUGGUUUUAUCCUGUACGUUCUGGUGGAUCGAUGGCGACGUGUUGAUAAUUCUUUUCGGGGCGGCGAGACGUAUCUGGACACGUACAGAUCUAGUAGGAAGUAUGGAUCUAUUGAGGGUGGAUUGAUCGCGCAUGUGCUUGCAGUGCUGUGGGCUAAGCGUGCCUCGCGUCAGAUGCUCAUCUUUCUAUCGGUUAAUGUUGCCUUCAUGUUCGUGGAGCUGGCAGUUGGUCUGUACACGAACUCUCUGGGACUCAUGGGCGAUGCAGGGCACAUGCUAUUCGAUAAUGGGGCGCUCGUGAUUGGUCUUGUGGCCUCCUACAUUGGACAAUUACCACCUGAUGCACAAUUCACUUAUGGAUAUGGUCGCGUAGAAGUUCUAUCGGGCUUUUUGAACUCACUGUUGCUACUUGUGGUGUCGUUCCACUUGAUCACUGAAGCUGCGUCGAGAUUUAUGGAUCCACCUGAGGUCACAACGGACCAUUUGCUGCUUACGUCAAUCGCUGGACUAAUUGUGAACCUCGUGGGACUAUUUUUCUUCCAUGACCAUGUACAUGGCCACAGUCACAGCCAUGGAAGCGACUCAGGAGGUUGUGGUGGUGGCCACGGACAUAGUCACGGGAAUAGCCACCACCAGGCGCAUGGUGAAGACGCCUCGGAAGACGGUCAUCACGGUGGGAACAGUAACAUGUAUGGGGUGUAUCUGCACGUACUGGCCGAUACUCUGGGCAGCGUGGGCGUGAUUAUUUCGUCCAUACUGAUUCACUUGUACGAGUGGCACGUGGCGGACUCGGCGUCUUCUGCACUCAUCUCACUACUGAUUUUGGGUAGCACUCUUCCUUUACUGCGUGAUACUGCUCGACAACUGCUGCAGGGAGCUCCACAAGAGCUAGAAAAUAGUGUGAAUGCGGCGCUACAAGAAGUCGAAGCCUCCGUCCCAGGUGUGGAGCGUAUUGCGCAGUGGAAUAUCUGGCAUCACGCAGGAGACAUGCGCGUCGCGACGUUACAUCUUGAGGUUGCCAACUCAGCAGAUGAGCAGCGAGUACUGCAGCAGACCCGAAUAAUUUUCCGACGUCAUGCUCAACUCGACAAGUUCCUGUCUGUACAGAUUUCAAAGCCUCAAGUGAUUGCCACAAUGGGACUGGAAGGUUUGGGCGCUGAGCAGGCCACGGUCAUGAACGGAUGCAGCGCUGGUCACAGUCACAGCGAUGGUCAUGGUCAUGGUCAUGGUCAUGGCCACAGUCACGGUCAUAGCCAUGGGAUGGAGCCUCUGUUGGACACCCAUACAUCGUUUUCAUUACAGCCGCAACGCUCACACAACUAUCUGCAACAGCCUACGAUGAGCACACACGAGAACCCAGUGAGUGACGACUCCAGAUACGCCACUUCGCCACAACUUCCACUAAAACCCCAGCAUGAUCACAAUCACGAACAUGGACUUCACUUCCAUCCAGCGUCCACGUCAAAUGCUUUUCCGCGCAACACUACAGACUUCUCAGGAGCUCAGCGUUGGUAG